AUGGUUGUCUACUACCAGAUCGCCGGCAAGCAAGUCGGCUCCCAUGUGCUCGCCAUGGGUGUUCUCGGCUCUCUCUUCGGCGGUGUCUACCUCGCAACCCGCGGUGGCUCCAAGCCCAAGCAGGCCGCGCCUCCGAUCCAGGCCUCUUCCAAAGACGAGGAGACUUUCAUCCAGGACUUCCUGAAGCAAGUGAAUGGAAGUGGGGAGGAGAAGAAGAGCAGCCAUUAA